AUGCAAAAUAAAUCCGAGAAAUAUUCGGCGGUGUACAGCCGUUUUUGCUUGAGAGCCCGCCUUAGCGAAGCGGGAGCGAGGACGCGCUUGUAUGGCAACGAUUUCAGGCGCAUGUCCGGGGCCGGAGAGCGCGACAAGCGGGAGCGGAAUGGCAAAUCCGGCCUCACGCCCGACAAGACCAAGCGUCCCUCCGUCGGGGGAGCCCGGCUCGGACCAGCCCCGCCGCUCGGGCCGGCUGGCGGCGGCCACGACGACGCCGAAUCCGCCGCCGACAGGGGAGCAGACCUCGCGGCCGCCGGAGGGCGCGCACGCGCAAGCAUCGAGCAGGGCCCCCCGGAGCCGGGGACCGAGGCGAGCCGGCUGGGCUUCUUCCUCAAGCACCAGGACUCGUUCCGGCAGGAGAUCGGGCUGCGGAUGGCGACGAGCCUGCGGACCCUGGGCGGCCAGUUCCUGUGGCAGACGGCGAGCUUCACUUUCCGCGACUGCCCGCGGGAGGUGCUGAAGGACUUGCCGCCUCCUCUCAAGGCGAUCGACCAGCCGCUCUCGCUCCAGUUCAAUGCAGACACAAUGACGGACGCGGCGGAGCUCGCGCGCCCCUUCUUCACGCUGGUGCCUUCGGUGUGCGGGUUGACGAAGCUGAUCACCAAGCCCUCCUCUCCCGCGGCGCAGCAGGCGGCGACGGUGACGGCGCUGACUCUGACAUGGGAGAAGCCGAAGACGCGGCACAGCCGGCCGACGCUGACGGUGGACAUGCAGUUCGCGCUGUCGACGGAGCACGGGGACCUCCAUCCGCCGAAGGACGCGAACCGGCGCGAGUUGGCGCUGGACCCGGCGACGGAGGCGACCUGGCGGCGCAUGAUCCUCUCCGACAUCAAGGCGCACGCGGAGAAGGGGAGAGCCUUGGCGGCGGGCUACUGGCGCCAGAUGGGCAACCACAAGAUGGCCGCGCAGGCGACCCUGUUCGAGGUGGAGGCGAUCACGGAGGAGAGGGUGGAGGCGGGCGUGCGGCAGCUCAAGGUCCGGUGGAGCGGCUAUCACCCUUCAUGGGAGAAGUUCCGGCUCCCGGGGGACGGGGAGGCGGGCGACGCAGUCUCGACCUGGGAGCCGGCGAGCGGGCUGACCAAGACGGACGCGUACAAGGCGUGGGAGGAGCAGCAAGACAAUGCGCGGCGGCAGCGCCAGAGCGAACGCUCGCUCCUCGCAAAGGCACAGGAGCUCAUCGCCGAGCUCGAGGCGGAGAACGGCGAUCUCCGGCGCGAGAACCGCGAGCUCAGCAGCGUCGUCGGCAAGUACGAGCAGCGCGAGCUCGCGCGCGAGAAGGCAGCGACGGUGAAGUACCAGAAGAUGCUCUCGGACCGCAAGCUGCAGCGCGCGCGCGACCGGCUCGACAAUGCGGACACGCGGGCCGUGCGCAAGUGCAGCGCGGAGGAGGCCGGCGCGACCAACUUGGAGACCAUCGGGGCGGGGCAGGCGCAGCGCGGGCCGACGAAGGCGGGCGCGCAGGGGCCGUCGCGGUUGUGCGGCGUGGCGGAGCGGGCGACGACGAUGGCUCUGUCCGUCGCGUACCACCUCCUCAUCACCAACGCGUUGCGGCGCGGCGAUGGCGUGGCCUCCAUUCCGACCGAGCGGCGCGCGGAGCGGCUGUUUGGCGACGGGCCGGGACGCUCCAAGCUGGUGCGCCGCGGGAUCAAGCUGGAGCAUCUGGGAGAGGACUAUAGUCCCGAGAAGGACUCGGUUAUUGCCGCGAUGGUGCGGAUUGUGGUGGCACGCGUGCGUCCGGCCGGCGACCCGGAGGCGUAG